AUGACGACGGCGAUCCCCUCCAUCGCCUGCCUCGGCGUAAUAGGCCGCAACAACAACCCGCUGCACAUGUCCACGUUCCCCUCCCACGACACCGCCACCAACACCCUCGCCCCCGUCCGCACGCCCCUCGAGUUCUCCCUCCUCCUCUCCUCCACCGUCGACGUCUUCGACCUGCGCGCCAAGCACCGCUCCGCCUCCGCCGGCGUCCUGCCCGCCGACCAGCACAACUCCAGCCUCCUCCACGCCGUCGACGACCGGCUCGCCGCCUACGGCGUCGAGACCAACACGGGCGUGCGGCUCGUCUGCGUGGUGGACAUGCGCGGGCGGCGCGUCGACGGCACGGUGCUGCGCGCGGGCGGCGGGGGGUUGCGGGAGGCGGAGCUGCGGCCGGUGUUCAGGGCGAUGCAGGGCGCGUACGUGGGCUUGUUGCAGAACCCGUUUUACGAGCCGGACGCGCACGCGCCGCCGGGAGGGGGAGGGGCGGGCGAGAGGAUCAAGAGUAAGAGGUUCGCGCAGGCGAUGAGGCGUAUCGGCGAGUCGUGGACGCCGGGCGUGACCAACUUGUGA